AUGGCUGACUACGGGGAGGGUGAACACGCCACGGGCAGCCACAUGCUCGUGAGCUUCGAGGAGGAAGUAGAGACGUUCCUGAUAAACCUACACGACUUCGUAUACCACCGAAACGCAGAAGCGAUAAAGAAGCUGUUCGACACGGACUUCUACGCCAUAUCGGAGAUCUACUUCAAGAACAUCCGUUGGCCUUCCAUAAAAUUGGUGGAUAUUUUUUACAAACAGAAGAAUCGUUUCCACAAUUUGAUUCACUCGCUUUAUGAGGAGCUGUAUUACAGACAUGUGUUCAUAAUAAAUGACGUAACGUUGGAGGAUAGAAAGAAUUCCUGGGAUAAUUACAAAUGUCUGUUGAAUUUUAUUUCAAGCAUAUGUUCGGAUUCAUCUGGAGAUACGAGUGACAACGUGUUGGUGAUGCCAAACGUGUGGAUCCAUGAAUUCCUCUCUGAGUACCUUUAUCAGUAUCAAUCCAUGUGCCACUUCAAGCUAAAAUUGUUGAAAAAUCCAGAGGAAAAUAAAGAAGGAAUAGACUUUUUGGUAAAACAUUCCGACGUGUUUGAAAGCAGCAUCGUGUUGGAAGUGUUACAUAGUCUGUUGUUGAAGGGGGAAUUUACCACCCUUUCGGAGGAGGAAAGAAGCAUCUUCGUGCAUAACGUUUUUCACGUUAGCAAUGAGGAGCUAACCAGUAGAUACCAGUUUUCUUACUUCGCCUGCUGUGUUCUACUAAAAGCAUAUGUCCUCAUGGGAGAUUACUACACAGCGUUAAAAAUAAUAUCGUAUAUAGAGUUGAGUCACAAGGCACUCUACUGGAAGGUGACCUUAUGUCACAUAAACAUUUUCUACCACAUUGCAUUUUGCUAUAUGAUGUUACGACGGUACAACGAUAGCAUUAAGGUCCUGUCGCAAAUAUUGAUUUAUCUGUCGAAGCAGAAAAUUCACUUGUCCAACCAGCAGAGGUAUGAACAGAGUCAAAUCCAUAAGCUAAUAGAUAAGAUGUACCUUAUUGUAAUUAUUUGCCACUCGUUAAGUAAUACUAGACUGGAUGAAACGGUGUUACAAAAUAUUAAGGAAAGUUAUUCAGGGAAGUUUUAUUCUCUUUUGCAGACAACCAAUGAACAGGCUUAUGCAGACCUCUUCUACAAAGUCGCCCCUAAAUUUAUCGACCCCCUUUCCAACAUCAGCUUCCAACUUUUGGCAAAUUUUGAAAACGUACAAAAUCAGACUUACAAUUCGGACCCUAUGACGACGCAGCUUAAUAUUUUUUUAAAAGACGUUUCCUACCAGAAGAAGGCUUUUCACUUUAUUUCCUACUCGAAGUUGUAUCAUAACAUUCAGUUGAAAAAGUUGAGAAGCCUCAUGAAUUAUGGCGAACAGAGACGUCUUGCGGCAGAACAGAAGGAUGGACAAACGAAGGGAGUCCUAAACAACCACGUAGGGGAUGCCAAAAAUGGGGAAAUCCCACCUAAUGAGGAAGAUGUCUCUGCAGAUAUUAUGUGCGUGAAGAACUCCGGAAGGCAACUGGUCUGGAAAGAGGGACCCCUAUACAAAGGUGAAUUAGUCACCUCUGUGUUUGGCUCCUCCUUCGAUUUCUACAUCGAUAUGGAUAUUCUAAACAUUAAGAUGAGGGCACAACAGAAGAUCUUCAUCGAUUACUUUGUGCACCAAAUAAACAUGUGCAAAAAUCUCAGCAACAAUUUGCAGGGCACAGGUGCACCACAUGCGUAUAAGGCCAAGUAUGAAAACUUCAGGCGCAAGCACAAGGGCAAGGGCCGCCCCAAGGCGUGA